UUCUACGAGAGAAUGAAGGCCAGAUGUGCUAUAAUUUUUCUUUGGUAAUAAUAAUCGUUGUUCGCAGGUUCUUCUGGCUGAAAAAUCAGCCAAAGUUGCUGCCUUACUCAUACAGAAAUCGCAGGAUGAUCUUUCUCGCUUCCUUAGAAAUAUCCCUGCUGACACAGACACUCUGGAGCUUGUUGCCAGAUUCUACCACGGCUUUGAAAUUCAGAUGUCCUCUGAGAAUAUUGUACCUCUCAUUUGUGUAGCUCACUACUUGGAGAUGACUGAAAACCACAGCAAAAAUAAUUUGUUAAGUAAGGCGCUUUCUUAUUUUCAAGAAAGAAUCCUCCCGAGCUGGAAUGAAACUGUGAAGGCUUUCCGAGCCACAGAAAAGUUCCUCCAACAGUCUGUGAAGCUCGGUUUAAUCGAUGCCUGUAUAGAUUCUAUCAUUCAAAAGGCACUAGCUAAUCCCAGCCUUCUCGGAGAGCCAAUCAACAAUUUGAUGAAGUAUGAUGACGAUAGUGAGGAUGAUGACGAAGAAGGCUAUAGGCCGAGCGCAAGGAGAAGGCUCUUUGUUCUUGAUUGGCAAUCGGAAGACUUGACAACACUGUCCCUUCCGAUCUAUGAGCCUGUCAUCCUUGGAAUGAAUAAGCAUGACGUUCCAUCGCGGUAUGUGGCUGCAUCCCUUUGUAACUAUACAAAGAAAUGGGUUUUCUCUAGCAGCGGAGAGGAAGAUAAGAUGAACUAUCAAAGGGAAAUCCUUGAAGCAGUGGAGAGAUUGUUGCCUCAUGACAUUGGACUACUUCCAUGCACAUUAUUGUUUGAAAUCCUCCGUUUCGCUAUUCUUUUGGAAGUGAGUUCUGACUGUAGAAAUGGGAUUGAGAUCAGAAUCGGAAAACAACUGGAACGGGCAACAGUCAAAGACCUCUUGAUACCAUCUCAAGGCUAUUCCAAGGAAAUGCAAUACGAGAUUGGGUGUUUGAGGCGGAUACUGAAAGUGUUCUAUGGAAGUUUUACUUCUUCAGACGUAUCCGGGCUAGUUGCAGUAGCUGAACUCAUUGAAGAAUUCUUGGCUGAAAUUGCCAGUGACAUAGAUCUGAAGAUAGGUACAUUUGUUGAAUUAGCAGAGAUGUCGAUUGCAGCAUCGUUGGGUAUACAAAGAACCUCAGAUGGAAUAUACAGGGCGGUUCAUAUCUACUUAGAUAAGCACAGGCACUUGACGGAGAUGGAACGAGAGGAAGUGUGUCAGGUUUUGGAUUUCAAAAAGAUGUCGCCCGAAGCAUGUGAACAUGCUACCAAAAAUGAAAUGUUGCCUCUGAGAGUGGUGGUGCAGGUGUUAUUUGCAGGGCAGUUGCAGCUGCGGGAUACGAUCAUCAACGAGGUGCAGGGUUCAGACGAAAGAACAACAAAGGAGGCUGCGGAGGAGAAUGAAGCAAAGUUGGAUGUUGGUGAGGGAGAAAUGAGAUCCGAGAUGGACAAAAUGAGCAUAAAGGUGAUGGAGCUUGAAAGAGAGUGCUAUAAGAUGAGGAAAGAGAUUGAGAAUGGCUGCAACCCCAAGGUGAAGGAGAAAACUAGCUUGUGGAGAGAAAUGAAGAGGAAGUUCGGGUGCAUCAACAGUGUGGGCGAUUCUAACUGCCAAUUGAAGAAGAAGAAGAAGAAGAAGGUGCAUCCAAAACAUGGAAUGUGACAUGUAGAACGUAGAAUAUGUGUCAAUGUGUAACCAAUUUUUUUUGUCUUUGGACGAUUAUAAUUGACGUGGCAUGUUUAGAAUAAAGGAAGCAAAUUAUAGGGGAGAAAAAACCAAACAUAGGAUAUCCGAUCCACUUCAUAUUUGGGUCAUGUUAGCGAACGACAUGUAACUUGUUAAGCAAAUGUAACCCCGCAAAUUUUGUUUUAUUAAUUUAAUUUUUCAAACAAAAGAAAAUUUG